GCACCGGGCCCCCAGGCGGGGCGACAGGCACCGGGCCCCAGGCGGGGCGACAGGCAUCGGGCCACCAGGCGGGGCGACAGGCAUCGGGCCACCAGGCGGAGCGGCGGGCGCCGGACCCCCAGGCGGGGCGACAGGUCUCGGGCCCUCAGGCAGAGCGGCGGGCACAGAGUCACCAGGCACGACAGUGGGCUCCGAGUCAACUGCAAGACUGCGGGCACCGAGUCAACUGGCAAGACUGCGGGCACCGAGCCAACUGGCGGAACAGCGGGCUUCGAGUCGCUGAGUAGAGGCAUCAGGCUGAGUAGAGGCAUCAGGCUGAGUAGAGACAUCAGGCUGGGUACAGGC